AUGGCAAUCCAGAGCGUGGCGUGGAUCAGCAUCACAUUUCUCCUGCUGUGCCUCACGCAAGUCAUGUCAAUGCCCACGUGUCAACUGCAGGGGAACCUGUUGAAGAUGACACAUCACCUGCUCAGGGACAUGGGGGGUAACUUUCCCGCACAAUGUCAGCAGGAUAAUGUGAUACUCGCAUUUCCAGCCUCGGCCUUCAACACGUCUGGUGGACAGCAGCGGAGGGAGACCACAAAGGCAAUUCACCAGACUCUGGAGAGCAUCGGCUCCCUGUUUGCAGAUGAAGACCUGCCGAGCGCCUGGGACCAGAAGAAGCUGGAGGACUUUCUCGAACUUGUUUACCGUCUAACCGAAGAAAGCCGCUGUGUGAGCAGCAGCGUGGAUGGGGAUGAUGGGUCAGAGACCCUGAAAGCAUUUUUUGACAGGCUGAUGGGGAUUGUAAUAGAGAAAAGCUCCAGUUUCUGUGGCUGGGAAGUGGUUCGAAAGGAGCUGCUCUCCGCUCUGCAGUUCAUCUUGAAAAACCACUCCGACUGCCUCUUCUGGCCGACGAGAACCUAA